AUGGACGGCCAUAAUUACCAGUACUCCAGAGAGUUUUAUGACCGAUAUGCACAGGGUCAGGAUAAGUCCGUGGUCAAUAAGAUGCAGCAGAAAUACUGGAAGACCAAACAGACCCUCAUCAAGGUGACCGGCAAGAAGGAAGAUGAACAUGUGGUGGCCUCAGACUCUGACCUAGAUGCCAAACUGGAGCUUUUUCAUUCAAUCCAGAGGACAGGUAUGGAGCUCCUGAAAGUCAUAGAACAGUAUCAGAAGAGGAUAUGCUUUUUGUCCCAGGAAGAGAAUGAACUGGGGAAAUUCCUCCGUGCACAGGGCUCUCAGGACAAAUCCCGAGCCGGGAAAAUCAUGCAGGCCACAGGGAAGGCUCUCUGCUUCUCCUCCCAGCAGAGGCUGGCCUUACGAGCCCCAUUAUCCCGACUUCAUCAGGAGGUGGAAACCUUCCGUUAUCGAGCAAUAUCCGAUUCCUGGCUGACCGUCAACCGAAUGGAGCAGGCCAGGACCGAGUACAGAGGAGUAUUACUGUGGAUGAAGGAUGUGUCUCAAGAACUUGACCCCGAUCUCUACAAACAGAUGGAGAAAUUCCGAAAGGUCCAGGCUCAGGUCCGUCACACCAAAUCUACUUUCGAUAGACUAAAAACAGACGUGUGCGAGAAGGUGGACCUCCUACGUGCCAGCAGAUGUAACCUGUUAUCCCAUGUCUUGGCUUCAUACCAGACGACUUUGCUUCAUUUUUGGGAGAAAACAUCUCACACAAUGGCAGCGAUUCAUGAAAGCUUCAAGGGGUAUCAGCCAUAUGAAUUCACUACAAUAAAGAGUUUACAGGAUCCCUUUAACAAACCAAGUCACCAAAGUAAGAAAAAAAGUCGAAAGAUAAUGAAAAUGCUCUCGAAAAACAGGACGACAGUCAACUGAUCUCACUGGAUGAGCAGCAGCAGGAUAAUGAGGAUCUGGAUGCUUCAGCCAUGUCUCCAGAGAAGACUGAUCUCACCAAAGGGAACAUGCCUACAUUUGAUGGCACCCUGGAUGACUUGUUAGACCUGAAAGCAGAAGAGAAGUUUCUAUUUGAAGACAGUGCCAUGUCCAACAUUCCUCUAUCGGACUCAGUGGAGGCGGACUCCCUGGAGAAGGACGAGAUGCAGUUGCUGAAUGAGAUCCUGAGCUCCUCAUCUCUGGAUGGUGGAGACCUCUCCAAAGAGUGGACAGAAGUAUUUGGGGAGUCGCUGUAUCCCAGUCAGCCCUUGAGUCUAACUAACCAGGAACUGGAGCCUAGAGCUGAACCACCAUCUGGAUUCCUACCUUCUCAACUAUUAGACCAAAACUUGAGUAGUCUUCAGUCUUCAUUAUACGACUGGACAGCAUUCGGUGGGGCCUCAUCUUCAACACCAUUAUCCUCAGCCUCUACAUCCACAAACCUCAAUCAAAAUAGUAACGGAACCUCACAGAAAGAUACAUCUAAAAGCACAAAAGACUUGUCCACUUGGUACAACCUCUUUGCAGAUCUUGAUCCCCUAUCAAAUCCCGAUGCCGUUGGAAAAACGGACAAAGAACACGAACUACUGAAUGCAUAA